AUGGUUAGGGAUCGGGGCUAUUCUGAAGCUGUGAGGUUGGCCCAGGAAAGUGCUGUGGUGCCUGGCCCUAUCAGCAGCCGGGGCCAGGCGCAGGCGCUCCAGCUGGUUGCCGAGGCGGCCGGAGCCGCGCGCCUGAACCGCCUGGCGGGGGCGGCUGGACGGGGAACCCUGCCGCCGGCCGAGCUGCUCGUGCCGCCCCUGCCCAGGCCGGGCCAGGCAGGGGCGGCACGAGCAGCUCGGCCGGCGGCAGGGUUCAGCAGCAGCCUGUCCGCGCUGGACUCUGAACGGGAAGAGGCCGGCGCGGUGUCCGCGUUUUCGGAUCGGAGCGACUCCGACUUGUUGCGCGUCCAGGAGCCGGAGCCGGCGUCCCGCUCUCUGUGCCUGCCUCGCCUCUCUCGGCGCCUUCGUUCCGCGGCCGGGGCGCAGCUCCCCUCGCCGCGGGCGGGGAGGGAUUUGGAAAAGCCAGGGUGUUCUGGAGCUGACCAUCCUGAGCCUGGGGGGAAAGGGAAGAGCAACAGCAGCAGCACAUUGGAAAGAGGAGCCAAAAGGAAGAGAGCUCCGACCCCCCUGGAGUGUUUCCACUUGUGCUACCUGUGAGUCACAGAUCUGUCUGCUCAGGUGUUGUGUGAGCAGCAGAUGGUUUUCCGGAGAGAGCGGCCGGAUCUGCUGCGUCCUGAGCGGGCUUUGAUUCUGAGCAUGGGCAGGAGUAUCCACCUGGCCAGAGAACAGGAAGACCACAACCUGGUGACACUCCGCACCACAAGCCGGGAAGAUUCAUGGGCAAUAAUGCUAAAUCUUCUGGUCAUGGUUCACAGUUUGCAAGGAGGGUUCCUGGUACGGGAAUUCCCCGUGUUUGGAGUGCUUGAAGAUUUUGUGGUUGGAAUCAUUGAUCAGCUGUGUUAUACUGCCAAAGGAGAGCUGGAGCUGCAUGAGCUGAAAACACAGAGUGGCCCCUCCAUGCUUUCGGUCGCACAGAAGAAACAGGACUACUUUCAGGUCUUGUUGUACAAGUAUAUCUUUGAUGGCAUGGUACAAGGACACCUGUCCCCAGACAAUUUUGUCCAUCACCUCCACCUGAGGCCGGAGCAGCCGCUUGGCCCAGAAGUUCAGACGCAUGCCCAAACAGCUGGAUUCGCAGUAACCCAUUUUUGAGAUCUCCUGGAGCUGACGUUUCUCAGCUUGUCAUUCUUGGGCAUCCCUGUUAUUGACCGUUUGCAAAUUGAGCAUAUUCAUCAGAAGACCAGCGCCCCGCUUGGCACUGAAGUCCUGGUCUAUGAGGAAGGCCUUGUCAGGAGCCAGGUCCACGACCUCUUAGCGUACUGGAAAGGCGAAAGAGGCCCUGUGGGGGUGGACAUUGAGGAUGCUUGGAAAUGUCGCUAUUGUGACCACUCCAGCAUUUGCAACUGUCGGACGAGGAGGGCAGAAAACCCUCUGCUGAGAGGUGGCCAGAAGAAGGUCAAGUGA